GGACGUUCUUCAGGUUGAAGCUGUCGUGUCCAUUCUCAAUGCGAAAUGUAGUACCUUUCGACAUCAUCCAACAUCCCAGCCACAAUUGACAAAAGUCAAUGCCACACGACAACCUCGCAGUCGUCACGGAAAAUAUUCAACCUACCCCACGGGCAGAAUCACACUCAGAACAAGAAGGAACCUCCUAAUGGCGCCAAAGAAGUCCGCCGCAGCGGCCCCCAGCCCUGCUGUCCCAGUCCAGGCGCCUGCGACCACGACGACACCAUCCACAGCCGCAACCACGAGCUCGUCUUCGUCCGUCCCCUCAAAGUCCGGCAACCCCAAGUCGGUACCCGCGGUUCUCCAACACACCAUCGUCAGUGUCAUCUCGCAGUACCAGAAGAAGACACCGCAGCGCACGAAGCUCAUCGACGUCUUCCUCGCCUUCCUCGCCGUUGUCGGUGCGCUCCAAUUCGUCUAUUGUAUCCUGGCGGGCAACUACCCAUUCAACGCCUUUCUAUCCGGUUUCUCUGCCACGGUUGGCCAGUUCGUCUUGACAGUUUCUCUACGCAUCCAGACCAAUGAAGCCAACAAAUCCGAGUUCCCCUCCGUGUCACCAGAAAGAUCAUUUGCGGACUACGUCGUGGGCAGCCUCAUCCUGCAUUUCUUCUGCAUCAACUUCAUAAACUGAAGUGCGACGAUCGGGACGGAACGAACCAAGCGAAGUCAAGCGGACUCAACCGCGAAGCCGGCGCCAUCAAGUGAGCAGAGGAGCGCAGAGCGACUUAUCUUAUAGAGGGAGGGGUCGCCGAGCCGAAAACCACAUGCUUUCAUUGUUCAGCGACGUGUCGUAGGACCCAAAGCGUGGCCUAUCCCCUGCAGCCGCCCAGGUCUCAUUGUA